AUGUUAUUCAUCUCGCUAACCGCUUUUGUUGCGGUGUUGGCCUUUAGCAAAGCGGAACCCACCCCGAAUACCAAGGUAAUAUUUUUCUUAGAAGGUCCCAUAGCGGAUCUGCCAGAGAAUUGGGACCAAACUAAAGAUGAUACUCAAUCAUUGUUUCUCAAUAAGAGUGACAAAAAUGACCUCGAGCCAUAUCCUCUUGCAUUGAGCGAAGAAGGUAAUUCUGAUGGAUAUGAACCCGUAAUGGAACAACGUUACGGAGAAUCUCCCCAAUCACACGGCGAAUUAGACAACCUCAUCAUGAGACCAGAAUUGUAUGGUGAACCGCCUGCUAUGGAAGGUUUAUCAAGCGGAUACGAGUCUCGACGAAAGAAGCGCGGAAGUGGGACUAAAGUGGGUGGGGCUGGAGCUGCUACAAAGGUCGCUACAAAGUCAGGUUCCGGCAAGAAGAAUCUUAAAGCUGACGACGCACCGACACCUGUGGAUUCUGUUAGCUUUGAUAACAACAACAACAGACAGAAACGCGGCAGCGGCACCAAAGUAGGUGGAGCAGCAGCCUCCGCUAAAACUGCCACAAAAAAUUCCGGUGGCAACAAAAAGAAUUUCCGACCAAUUUCCGAGCGUCGUAAGAGGGAUUCCGGGCUUAGUGCUGCUGAAGUGAGAGCUCUUCUCAAUCUGUGGGAGGCCCAGGAACGCAGGAAACAGGAGUGGAACGCCAACCAAUGGGCUGACCGUUACUACGGCCACAUGAACACCUUAGUCGAAGAUCAGCCCGAUGUAGAAGAAGAAGGCGUCUGGUAUAACGAUCCCAUGGUAAUGGGCCCCCGUGAUCGAGAUUAUCCGCGUCACUCAUACUUUUCGGAACAAAAUCGCUUGGCUCUAGCUCACGGUUUGCCAGAAAUCUACCAAGUAGAUCCUAACGAACUGGCACAAAGAUACGAGGAAGCCCGUCGUAAGAGAAUGUACGCUAACAAGGUGAAGCGAUUCAUGGUUGCAAGGAAACGCUCGGAUAUGCACCAGAAUAACUACCGACCCCGCGAUGAUCUAUACACUUUAGCAGAACUCCUGCGCUCUUCACCUCGCGUGCAAGAACAGGACAUACCGGUAUACCGUCGUUUGAUCCUUUAA